AUGUUGCCGCGCCGCCGCUCGCCCCGCCGCUGCGCUGCCCGGGUCGGGCCGGGCCGGGCCGGGGGGCCGCGCGGCGAGGGCGGCGGGGGCGGCGGGCGCGGGCGCCGCGGCCGGAGCGGACGGGGCCGGGGGCGCUCGGCUGGGCCCGCGCGCGCGCGCUCGCGGCCGGGCGCGUCCACACAAUGCCGGCGCGGGCUGCUGGGGCCGCGCCGGGAGCCGCCCGCCGGGCCGCGGGGCGCGGGGCCGAGAGUGCGCGGGGGGCCCGGCCGCGCGCGGGACACAAAGCGAAUGGACGCGCGGGGGCGGCGGGCGGGGAGCCGCGGCCCCACCGAAGGGACCCCCGGCCGCCGAGCGGCCGCUACGUCAGCGCCCCGGGUGGCGCCGCCUCCGCCCGCCGGCCUGGGCCCCGCUCCCGCCGCCGGGAAGGCGGGCCGCGGCAGAAGGUGGGCCGCGGGCCCCGGGGAGCCACCGGCCGGGCCCGGGGAGCGCCGGCGGAGAGAGGGUGGCCCCGGGACGCCAAGGGGAGCGAGCCGCGGAGCCCCCGGCCGCCCAGGCUGCCCCGGCCUCGGCCGGGAGCAACUCCUCGGCCUUAACUUUCUUCUGACCCCGGAGUGGGAUGGCCGGGAGGGAUCUUCCUCCUCUUCCUGGGCCCGCCAGCCUCCCUCCCAUCCCGGACUGCGGCUGAGCUGCUGGCCCUCGAACCGCCUCCCCUUCCCCUUCUUCCUAGCUGGGGGCUGCCUUGCGGCUCCCUCCGCGAUCCGGUGAACCUUCCGGCCCCAGGGGCGGAGGACAAGAGUCAGGCGACCCGAAAGUGAACUGCAGUGGGACACAGCUUACCCGGCUUUGGUGCCGCCCAGGAGCCCGCUUCACUAGCCACAGACCCCCGAACUUUAGGGGCGGAGGACAGUCCAGUGACUGGCAUCUGAGCCACAGGACUGGGGUUACGGUGUCGCUCUCCCCUGCUGCCUCGCCCUGACCUGGCUCUCCGGGCUCACCUGCCUCGCUUAGGGCUUUUUCUGUCCCGUUUGUUGGGAGGAUAUGAGCGGGGGUUCUCCUCUGUCCCCCACCCAGGUCGCCCCUGCUGAGCAGGGCCACAUACUUAGUAAGAAACCUGGCUGCUGGAUGUGUCUCCUCUCUACCUGUCCCCACACAACACGUGGAGAUGCAGUCUCUGCAGGUGAACUCCAGUCUCAAGCCUCUGCUUACCUUGACAAGGCAGAGUUCCCAUCAUCCCUGCCCGGAUUGCAGUUGCCAGUCAACCAUUUGCUCCAUUGCUGACAACUCAAGUCGGGGAAGAUCCUCUCACUGAGCCAGAAUCUGCCCUAAGCCAGCCCAACUCUCCCUCCCCAAAUUGGUGAAGUUGGGACCACAACUCAGGAUCUGAACCAGGGCAAACAGUGUGUUAGCUAAGGGCACACAUGUGGGAGGAGAGACAGGAAAAAUAACCUCAGAAAUUGAGGGCAGGCAGGGAACCCCUCCAAACUGUACGGAAUGAACUCGGUUCAAGGCACCUGCCUGAAUUCCAGCGGUCACCUUGGGUCUCCUUUGCCCUGGGUGGUUCUUCCCAUGAGAGGCAAGGGCUAACUAUUACGCCCCUGUCACCGCACAGCGUUAACAAAUAAGCAAAAGGUGGAGUCUAUAGGAGACCCAGAGUGAGUCCUGGUGGGGUAGGCACUGCCCCUGUUACCCAAGGCACCCUCCAUUUCCCCAAGAGGUGGUGCUGGUGGCAUUUAGCAGAAGUGAAAAACUGAAGCUCAGAGCAGUUAAAUGCAGAAGAGGAGUGGCCUGCCAAGGGUGGGGCCAGAAAGCCUGUCCUCCUCCUGGUGGGGGACUGACCACUGGGUGCCUCCAUCUGCUCUCCCUGGCUUCUGAUGUUCUCUGUGGCAGCCAGCUGUGCCCACUACAGCUGUCCCUGUGCUUGGGAGUCAGAUACUUUCCUGAUUCUCAGAGCCCUCCGGGGGCUGCUGUUCCUGCGGCAGCAAAAAGACCCUAUCCUAGGCCUCUGGCCCUAACUUCUGUUUACCUCCAUCCUUCUCCCAUCUCCUUUCCUUAGGUGUUUAUUGAGCACCUACUGUAUGCUGACGGCUGUAUACCAGAGCUCAGAAGAUGCUCAGCUUUCCUAUACACCCUGUAACAGCGAAGCAGGGGUGGACUUAGAUUUGAGGGGUUGGUGGAGGAAUGCGUGGAAAGGUGAGCAGGGCUCGGCUUCCGUUGAGCACCCUCGCCUGUGGUCCCACACCAGCCUUGCACCCAGGCACUCCAGUGGUUCCAGUGACUUCGGUACUGCACAGCAGCCAGACUUCUCCACUGAGGCACACUGAGCAACUCCACUGUUUUGCUUGUAAUCUUCAUGGUUUCCCAGAACCAUUCCUCAGGAGACAGAUCUUUCCUGGCAUGAUGCUGGCCUCUUUGUCAGGGUUGUUGUUGUUGUUGUUUUUCCGUUUAUUUAGUGUAGGUGUGUGGCCAUGGGUGUGUCGGUCGCCUACGAUGCACAAACACGGUUGUGCGGUGGUUAGUUCUCUCUGCCAUGUGGGUCCCAGGAACUAAACUCGGGUUGUCAGGCUUGGUGGCAAGCACCUUACUGACCGAGCCAUCUUAUCUGGCCCCUCCUUAUCAAAGGGAUUUGACCCCUUCACUGGGAGUUUCUCCCUGGGCUCUUUUGUUGUAACCAGCUCAUCACGUAUUUCUUUAAGCCGAUGCUGCACAGUUUUGAUUACUUUGAAUACUGAUUAGUUUGUUUCCUAGCAUGGUGUUGGUGUACUCCUUUGAUCCCAGCCCUUGGGAGGCAGAGGCAGGCAGAACUCUGAGUUUGGGGACAGCCUGGUCUACUGAGUGAGUUCCAAGAUAGCCUGUCAGGGAAAAAAAAAAGUUUGUUUCCUGGGGGCUGGUAAAGGUGUCUCACACACACAUACACAAACACAUGCACACAUGCAGGAUUUUUAAGGUUUUAGUUUUGAAAAACAUUUUUGAGCCAGGUACAGUGGUGCAUGUCUGUUCCCCCAGCACUCAGGGAGGCAGAGGCAGGUGGAGGCAGAGGCAGAGCUCUGUGAGUCUGAGGCCAGCUUGGUCUACAAAGCGAGUCCAAGGCAACCAAGGCUAUAGAGAAACCCUGUCUUUAAAAAAAAUUUUUUUUUUUUUUUGGAUUGUAGAAAAUCUAUAGGUUUUAACCUUGUAUUGUGUGUUUAUUUUGGUGGGGAGAGGACAAGCUGUGGGGGUCAGUUUCUCUCUCUACCAUGUAGGGCGGUGGAGCGUCCGCAGGUUGUCAGGCUUGGCAGUGGGCGCCUGUGCCUGCGGAGGCAUCGCCACCCACUACCCUGUUCUUCAGUGAUAAGGUAUGAAGUUUUCUAAUUUGUGAACACUGCCUUUCCGUUUAAUUACUGUUUAUUUUUGCAUAGUUGUCUUUUUAGAAAAUGACUGCAUUCAUACACUUAGAGUGAGUAUAUAUGUCUCCGUGUGCAUUUGCGUGUGCAUGUGGGGGCACAGAGGACAACUUGAAGGAGUCUGUUCUCUCCCACUGUGUGGAACCGAGUGCUCAAAUUCAGGUGGUCAUCAGGCUUGGAGGCAGGUGCCUUUAUCUACUGAGCCAUCACAUCAACCCAUUAAAUGUUUAUGCAUUUAUGCAUGUAUGUAUUUUUUCCUUUUUAAAUCUUUUUUUUUUUUUUUUUAGUUUAUGUAUAUGGAUGUUUUGCCUACAUACAUGUCUAUACAUCAGCUGUGUUCCUGGUACCCAUGGAGGCCAGAAGAGGGUGUCAGACCUCCUUAGACUGGAGUUACAGACAAUUGUGAGCUGCUGUGUGGGUUCUGGGUCUUGAACCUGGGCCCUCUGGAAGAACAGCCAAUGCUUUUAACCUCUGGGCCAUCACUCCGGCCCCCUCCCCACAACACCCAUUGAAAACCAUCUCUUGUAACCACAGCUUGAGAAUGACCUUCAGCCCUGGAUCCUCCCACUGCCACCUCUUGAGUUGGCUUAUAAUCAUGUCUCCCCUCACCUGGCUUAUGGGGUGCUAGGGUGCUAGGGCUGAAACCCAGGACUUCAUGCAAGCUAGGAAAACAUUUU